GAGUAGAAGAAAAACAUAAAUGAAAAAUUUACUGCAAAAUUGUAUUAUUUAGCAGAAAACUGGAAAAGUGUUAAAUAAAUUCAAUAUUAUAGCAAAAUUAUGUUUAAUUCAAUGUUAAAAAUAAAUAUUUUGUAAAUAUCUGUUAAAAAACAACAUGAAUAUAAGACCCAGAUGUCGUGAAUGGCUGCCCUUAAGUACGCAGCAAUUGAGAUUAAGAAACCUUCAAGCAAUACAAGGCGUUAAUAUUGAAAUAAAAACAAAAGGCAGUUCCAGAUCGUCCUCCGGGGGGGUUUACACACAGACGCUUUUGUAUUACACACUGCACGAUCAUCCGGAAAAUGAGCCAUUCUAUCAGAGUGAAAAGGUGGCCUUGCGAAAGCAUUUACAUGUGAAAUGGGCGGAGAUACAAUGUCCAGAAAUACUAAAGUCCAAUGCUAAUUGUGUUUGUAUUAAAAUAUGGGCCUGCAUAAAGAAGACUGAACAAUUAGUGAACACAGAAAAUGACGCGCCCACAGAAAAGGGCCAGAUAGCUGAGGUUGACGACAAAAAUACACUGCUGAGAACAAAGAAGAUUAAGGAACCCAUGAGUGCCUUAACUUUAGAAUUUGUUAAAUUCCAAAAGUUGCCCAAACCCUCAGACUGUCUACUCUUCAGUUGGGCUAUUUACUUUUCUGGUCUCAUACCCCUGUCUCAAAAUACCGAGGUCAAGUGUUGUGCGAAUUCGUUGAUUUUUCAAAUGAAUGAUGAGUACUUUGCCUCGCCAGAACUCUUUAGUACGGAAUGUUUACGUCAACAAUUGGCUAUAAACUAUGAACGUUACUCGGCCAGUGUGCCAAAGUGUAGCAUACCCACACCAGAUGAAUUUACCAUUAACUCUCCGCAAGUUUCCCGUAGCUCUAGUCCUGUGGCUGUUGAUUGGCAAAAGGAUUUGCUGCGCAUGUCAAAGACACGUUACGUCCAGUUGAACUGCGUACGUUCCGAGGUACGAGCUAGCUACGACUUGGUGAAAUUGUUGAGAUUGCAACAACUACAAAGACAACGUUUGCAGACGCAGCGCGAAAGUGUAGAAAUGACAGCCGACAUUAAACGUUUAAGCUUAAGAUGUAUAACCAAAGAACAACUAUUAAGAAAACCACGUACCACUUCGAUGAACUCAGCAAUCUCAUCGUCUGCAUCAACUGCCUCACAGUAUCAUUCCAUGGGUCGUACUCUUAGUCUUCUGCUGGCUGAACAGCAGCACAUUGAUCCUCAUCAACUGCUGAGGGCCCAACAGCUGCAACAGCAAUUGGAGUCACUGAAAAGUAAACAGCGGCUAUUGCUAAGUGCUCAGGAAACCUUUUCUAAACGUAUUACUCAUCUUAGGCAACAAUUGAACGGUGCUACUACAUCGCGGCAGCAAAUGCAAACUUGGUUGUCAGCCCGUCGACGCCAUCUACAUGACGACAAGUUGGAAUUAGAACAAUCCACGGUUCAGCAAUUGGAACGACGUCAUCGCAGACGUUCCAUUACCCAACAUGUAGAACGUAUAAUGUCCUCGUUAUGUUUGGAACUCAGGGACAUUUAUCCAAUUGCCCGUAAUCGCUAUGGUCUCUAUACAAUCUGUGGUGUACCAUUUCCUACAAUGGAUGGCUACGUUUUGGACUCUCUCAAUGCCCAAAGUGUGCAUAUAUCAGAGAAUAUUACACCAAUGGCUUUGAGUGCUUCAUUGGGGUAUGUGGCUCAUUUGGUCGAAAUGAUAUCAGUCGUUCUAAAUCGGCCUUUAAGAAAUCCAAUUAUACAUGAGGGUUCACGAACACGUAUUAUGGAUGUUAUCAAAGAUAUACCCUCGUAUACGUCAAGAGAAUUUCCCCUCUACAGUCGAUCCUCAAUACCCACAAAGCCAGUCAAGUAUGCAGUUAAUUUGCUAAAUCAAAACAUUGCUCAGUUGUGUUUCGAUAUCACCGGAAUACGUUGUGAUAUGCGUGCCACCAUUGACAAUUUAUUAAAUAUAUUUGCAACAUUUAUUCAAAUCGAACAGAACAAACGAGAAAUCUACUCACACACACGAACUUUGGCGGUAAAGCGUUUAACUAUAGCUGAAAUAAAUGAUUCCAAUGAGGUGGAUGGUGGAUCUCAUCAGCUGCAGCAUCAUCAUCAUCAUCACAAUCAUAAUCAUCAGGAGCAUAGUGAUAGUCACCAUGAUAAUCAGCAUUUGCCCAAUCAAAUGUCAACUAAGAAUGGUGAACAAGAUUAUUCCCUAUCGAAGUCGCAUUCGUCGGUCGAUAUGAAUCAUAUGAUGCCACCAACAACACUGAUGCAUCAUCACCAUCAUCAUAAUGUGCCUGUAUUUGCGCUAACUGCUGAUAAGCUGUUACAUGCAUCACGUAUAAGUUCGCACCCAAUCGACAUACAAGAUCGAUCAGUACUUAUAACAACAAAUCAACAACGAAAUUGUCGUUCUGUUGGCUCUUAUACGGAUAGCGAGGAAGAAGUUUGCCACUCGACACCGAUUCAGUGUUUUUCUAAUUCAGACUCUAACUUGACAUCAUUACAAAGUGGUGGGCAUCAUCAUGUUUAAAGAUUUCUUAAUGUGAUAUUGUAUUUUAUUUCUUUUUAAGUUUAUUGUUUUCAUUUAGCUUUUUUUUCUCAAAGAAAAAAUAUUCAUUCUUUUAUGUUAUUUAAUUACAGUAACAUGCAAAAGUACAUUUGUAAUAUAAUACUACUAUAUUUAUAUUGUGUAUUUUAAUCGAAAAUAACUAAUAUAUACAAAUACUUGUUUGUGUUUAUAGCCAAUUUAAUAAAACAACUAUAAAAUUUAAUACAA